AUGAUAUGCAAUCCACAUAAUGAGAGCGAUGAGAAUGAGACCGAGCCUGAAGAGCCGGUCAAGGUCCUUGAAACGGAGGGCACCUUUGAGAUUGUAGUAUGGGGACUUGAGGCUGUCCCUGCGGCAGAUGAUAUUUUUGUCAAGAAGGUGGAAGAGUGGUUGCACUUUGCCGAUGCGAUGCAUACAACACCGGCUUUGGCGAAUGAGGUCAAGGAGGUUGUUGCCUGA